UGCGUAGUCAAAACUUGUCAUAGCAAAGGCGGUUCACAGAUAUGCGGAUAUAUUUUGCAUAUGAAAGUUUCAUUGUAGGUGCUCAAUAACAGGAUAGUGUUGAUAUAUUUAACAGUGUUUAAAAGACAUAUUUCAGUUUAAAUGAACAGUAAUUUAACGAGAAGAGGACAGAAAUGGCCGCUGGUGGUUCAUCUAUUUACAAAGGUUCUGACUUGAUUCAUGACUACAGUUGUUCAAAGUGUGAGGAAAAUUAUCUUAACACUGAAGCCCAACACUUCUGUUCAGGUUGUGAACACUAUCUGUGUGACAAGUGUGUGAAUUUACAUAAUGGCUAUCAUAACAAACAUACUGUGUACGGCCGUGGAGACAUUCAGAAGUGGGUGGGGUUCUCCUUGGACAGAUGUGAUGUUCAUGGUGACAAGCUGACGGUCCACUGUGAUGACCACCAGGAACUUUGCUGCAGCGUCUGUGUGGCCCUUAACCACAGGCAGUGUUACAGUAUCAGUCAUCUGCCUGACCUGGCUAAAGGUAUCCUGAAAACAGCCGAGUACAAGCAGCUAUCAGGAACAGUGGACAGUAUAAGGGGCAGGCUAGAUGAGCUGGGGAAUGCCAUGAUGAUAGAUCAAGCCUCACUGAAGGACUCGCACAAGAACAUCAUUGCUAAAAUCAAGUCUUUCCGUUAUAAGAUAAACAAAAUCCUGGACAGGCUUGAGAAGAAAACAGUUGAACAGUUAGAUGGGCUGGUGGAAGAUUUGGAGAAGACUAUUAAAUAUGAUUUGGAAUCUUGUCUCAAUAUGAAUGACCAACUCAAGACCAUAAUGGAAAAGCUCCAGCAGACCACUGGCAAACACAAGGAUACCAAGUCUUACAUUUGGUUCAGGAAAUGUCAGAACAAGUUGAAUGAAGUUAAAAGUCGUAUGCAAGAAAUACAGAAGAUGCCAAUAGAAUUAAUAAGGUUCGACUCGGAUGAAAGCAUACUGCCAUUUCUCAGUAACCUUAACAAUUUCGGCAAUGUUGACAAUGGUCAUUCCGUACCAGUGAGAAGUGCCGCUCAUAUGUACAAGGCUCUGGGUUCAACUAAUUAUUCUGUUCGAAUGGAAGAAGAGAAAACAUGUUGUAUUGUAGGUAUAUGUGAGUUACCAAGUGGAGAGGUUGUUAUUGCUGAUCAAGCCAACAAUAGAGUGAAGCUUCUGAACAACCAAUACCAAGUCACUGAUCACAGUGAUCUACCUCGUUAUCUACAUGACCUGUGUCUCACUGCAGAUGAUGUAAUAGCUGUAGCUGUUGAUGACAGACAUUAUAUAUACAAGUAUAAUAAACAUGAGAUCCACUUCCUCUCGGUGACAAGAGGGAAGAUAGCGACACUGAGAAUGUUCACCACACACAUGGACUGUCGUUCCAUAGCCCACAACCAGGGCCAACUAUAUAUAAGUUCCGGUAAUGCCCUGAAAAAGUUCACCGUAGGUGGAAUACCGGUAAAGACGAUUUACGAGGACAUGUCAUGUAAAGGAACAGUAGUCAAGUGUGCUGUUAGUCCAGAUGGAAAGGUAAUUUAUGUAACAAACAAUACUAAACGUGAAUUAAUAACACUGAAUGAAUUUGGACAGGUGCUGUUCAAAUUUAAAGAUCCUGAACUUCAGAGGCUCAGUGGACUGUGUGUCAGCCCCAGUGGCCUUAUGUUUGUGUGUGGGAGGAAGUCCAACACUGUGCUACAGAUGGACAGAGACGGGAGACUGAAGCUAGCCACAGUGGCCAGAAAAGCUUAUGGUCUGUGUGUACCUUGGUCAGUGUACUUCAGUGAACAAACUUCCAGCCUGAUUAUUGGAAAUUAUCGUCAGGACCAGAUAAUUGUUGUCAAGUUGUGUUAAACAUGUGAGGGAGAUUCAGCAAGGACGACAGUGGUAUUUUCAUGUUAUCUGCAAUUUAUAUAAAUUACUAUAUUUUUGUGUUCUUAGGUUUUGUCAUAUAUAUACCGGUAUUGUAUUGUUUAAAUAUUGUAUGUAUUGGUAUGUUUGACAUAUUUUAUCACGUAUAUACGAAAUAUUCUCGGCUUUGGUGAUUUAUGUUAAUAUGUUAAUAUAAGUUUUUUUUGUUUGAAUUGCGCAUUUUGAAAUAAUAUACAACUUACUUACUUACUUCUACUGUAUUAUGAAUUAUUAUACGUUACAUGUUUUGGUGUGAGUUUUAUUCAUUUUUAUAUAUAUCCUGUCUCAUUAUCAUAAAGUAAUAUAGUUUUAUUACCAGAUGAAAUUUGGUAAUUUUUUCUAUACUUUGAAGAAUAUGUGUAGUUUUUAUCAAUAUGAUUUUAAACGCUUGUUAUCGUUAUGUGUUUUUAACUCGCUCUUUUGAAGCGGAAUUUUGAAAUGUUUAUUCUCCAUUCAUGUCUUUGCUUUUAAAAAGGUUAUUUAUUGAUUUCCACACUGGUUUUAUUUCCUUACAGUAAUUAAAAGAUGUUCCAUUGUUACAAUAUGAUUUUUUUAAAGUUGCACAAACUUGCUUUAAUUUCAUUUGGAUCUAUCGAUGUAUUAAAACAUUUAAUUCCCAAAAUUUCGGCCACUGUGAUAUCUACAUUAUUAGCAUUUUACUACUCUGCAGUUUCAUGCAGUUUGUUUAAUAUUGUUUUGGGUCGUUGCCAUGAUUUUGAUAGAAGUCUGUUGACAAUCGUAUAUUUGUUGUAUGCGAAAUGCUUUGUAUUUAAUAGGGAUACAUAUUUCAGAUAGUGUUGAUUGAGUUGAUAUAUUGACUGAAAUGUUUCAAAGCCAUGAAAAUGUUUUGAUCAGAGACCAAAUAGUUGCAACAUAAAUUUAACCCUCAUUUCAACCCAGGCUUCGUAAGAAAAUAUUUGAUUACCAAGAUAAAUAGACUCAUUAUUCGUCCAUUGUUUUUUUUUACAAAAUCUUGAUCAUAGUCUUGACUUGUAAAAUAAAUCAUAAUUUAUUACAUAUUUUAGUUUGAUAUUCGAACACUGUUUAUAAAAAAAAAAUACUGAUAUAUAAAGUAUGGUUUACGGAUUUUUUUUAUAUUUCAGAUAGACUUGUUGAAUACUUUGAUAGAUUGACGGAAAUGUUCCAAAGUCACGAACACGCUUUGACCGGUGGUUAUAUAGUUGCCAAAGAAAAUAACCCCCUCCCCACGUAAAAGAAUGUUUGAUAUUAAAUUAUUGAAUUUAUUUUUCCAGUCUAUCAUCCACCCUUCCAAAAAAUAUCGAACGGAUUCUUUACUUGAAUCAUUGAAGUUAUACUUUGUUUCGUGUUUUAACAACGAUAUUCCAACAUCGUUGAUUUGUUAAUUGUUUGUCUACUCAUAGAUAAAACUCCGGAUUUAAGGAACAACUUUAAUCUGUCCGAGGGAUUUUGUUAUAACCAUACUUGAUUGUAUUUCUUUUAUAUAUUUUAUGCGACACAUUUCUGUGAAAUCAUUAUUAUGAUUGUUUUUAAACGUAUUUUUCAUUGUUGUGUCAACGUUAUUCUUUUUAUCUUUUACCAGACGGCAUUGCUCUCUUAUUGCUAAAUCUGCACAUGUUAAAGUGUGACACCAUUCGAUUGCUUAUCACAACAUAUUAUUCUUACAGGAAGUUACCGUUUCAUUUUGUCAACUGACGUUGUUCUCAUUUUGCUUGAUUGACUACAAUCAUAACAUAUUAGUUUCUUUAUCAUUUGGACUUAAUAUAUUUGAUUUUUUUUAAGAAAAUAUAUUUAAAUGCGUAUGCCUUUGUAAUGCACACUAUUUGUAUUUCUGAUAAUCAUUCAAAUAAAUUCUUCUUUCAAA